UGACAUAGCUGGAUCGGCGGUGUCGCACUCCGCCGGGAUGCGGAGACCUGCGUGCACUGGCACCACGAAUGCACACGAACAUCAUUCCACAGUCCACUGCACCGAGAUCCACUACUUGGGUCCCGGUCUAAUCUGGUUGGGUACACAACAGAAGUGGUGGUGCUGGUAACUAGCAACAAUCUAGCGCUGAUUGUGCACCGAAGUUGUAAAUCCUGUUGCAAGAACCGUUACUUGUCGAGUUUGCUGGAGUGACGUGAGCAACAACUUUUGUCUUCCAAGUUGUGUCGAGUUUUGUACUAGAAUGACAAGCCUGCACAGAUGAGUCCAGUGUCAGGGUGGAAGAGCGAGACGAAGAUAAGGUGCCUGCGCUGUUGUUAGACCGAGCGAUUAAACAUGCACACGUGGUAACGAUCACAAGUUGGGCGUGUGUAGCGUGGAUUAAGAACAGUUGGGGCAGACGCGCAUCACAACUUAUCAAAAUACGAAGCAUUAUUCUCGUGCCUACCUGGAGAAACUCUGUAGAGGGUUCGAGCAGUGUUAGAGAACAAAAACCCCUCUCUCCCCGCCCCGCUCAGCCCUUGACGUGAUUUUCCUUUUACCGCUUUGGUUGGAGAUGGAUAGCGCACGUAGUCCACUGUCUAGUUGUAAAGCUGCAGGGUUUGAGUUUUUUGUGUAGAUAAAAGGUCGGGAAGGUUACUUUUGCGAAGCAAGGUUGUGAAAUCAUCCCGAAUUGGUAAUGCUUAGAAGACUUCCAUGAGUCGGCUGCAGUCUCAGUCCGUCAUUCGCGUCACCGGGAUCGGACGAGGGAAUCAAGCUACCUCUCUCCGUCAAUUGAGGCACUGUCCUUGUCGCCAUCGAUAAUUCACAAGGCACGAGACGGUGUAGUAAUGUGUGGAUGCUCAAGACAUGCUUUCUGAAUAUGUGGCUGGUACUGGAGAGUCUGGCAGCUAUGAGACAGAAGCCGUCGGAUAUGAUCGAACCCUCACAUUAUAUCGUAAGGGACAGAAUUCUGCGCUACGAGGAACGCUUCGCGUAGUUGCUCACCGGGUCGCUUCUUCACCACGUUUAUUGCGUGACGUGUUGGGAUAAACACAAUCAUCUUGUGGUAUGCAGAGAGACGUCAUUCCGUUCCCUUGGUGUUGUUUAGUUCGUGCACAGUGAGUGGCAUUGCUUGGAGCAGUCUGCUGAUGCAUGGAGCUCUGAUCCUGCGGUGGAAUACAUGGUAACUGAUGGGAUACUUCUGCGUCUGCUUCAAUUAAGUAGUCGAAUUGUAUUGCCGGCGAUAUCUCUCCUGAUGCAGGUGAUUUAGCACAGAAACUGACUUGUAAAUUAGGUUUUCUGGCGCGUUGAGGAUGUUUUGUAGGAAGGUUUGGUUUGUGGAAGCUUAGAUAGGUCGUCUUAGUUAAGAGAGAGAGAGAGAGAGAGAGAGAGUUAGGGAAAGGGAUUGACUUAGUUGCAGGAAGUGAAUUGGGUCUAGAAUUGAUGGCCGGUCCCGGCGAUGAUUUCGAUAUCUUGCUUAAAAUUCCCGUGGUGGGAAAUUCUGGCGUUGGUAAGAGUAGUCUUCUUCUCCGGUUUGCUGCUGGAAAAUUCGACGAACUGUGGCCAACAAUUGGAGUGGAUUUCAAGGUGAAGAUGAUGAACUUGCAAGGAAAGCGUCUGAAAUUAACCAUCUGGGAUACCGCAGGACAAGAGAGGUUCAGGACAUUGACGAGCACGUACUACAGAGGCGCGCAGGGCAUUAUCUUAGUGUACGAUGUCACGAGGCGGGCCACGUUCACAGAUUUGACAAAUGUGUGGUUGAAGGAGGUUGAGCGAUUCUCUACCAACAAGGAUUGCAUCAAGAUGCUGAUUGGCAACAAAGUGGAUCUGGAGGAGAGCGAACGCAUGGUGACGAAGAAAGAAGCGAUUGCGUUUGCGAAGCAGCACGGGUGCUUGUUUCUGGAGGCGAGUGCCAAGACGAGCAUCAACGUGCAACGCUGCUUCAAUGAGCUCGUGCUCAAGAUUUUGGAUACUCCCAAUUUGACAGCCGACUCAGUGCAAUUGAAGCCAAACCUCUUCAAACCCAAUCCGAAGUGGGAUCGAGGGUCUCUCACACCCGGCGGCGUGUGCAGCUGUUAAUUCUAGGGCUGGGAGUCCUCACAACUUUUAAGCUUCUCUUGAUUCUUCCAAUUAUGCCAUUGCUUGAUUCUUUCAAAUGUAGAUGCCCAUCUCUUCGAUCUCAGCUUAGCGAAGGAGCUUCUUAGUGAUUCAAUAGUCAAACUAACAACUAAAUGGAAUUGAAGAUUGCGGGCCCUGUAAAUGGAGCUGUAGCUGAGGGCUGGAGCCGCCCAGAUUGUACCAUGUUAAAGCGAGUACAUGGCGUGCUUUCCCAGCGAUGUAGCCUAGUUGCAUAGACCUCUACACUGGUGUAUCCCUUGGACCAAGUAUUCAUUAUCAGUUAUCGUCAAUGUGGACGACAGCCACAACCGAGAUGACCAAUCUCUGGGACCAGUGAAUGUGCGUUGCCUUGGAAGUUUUUUUUUAGCUUUUAAAUCUGGUUGUAAUGCGCAUCGCGUUGUUCCAGUUUGCUAAGACUCCAUGCUUAUUUAGAUAUCUCAGUUGUUUCCUUACGCAAUUGUCGAGUUACAAUGCGAGGAUCUUGUACAGGGAAGGCAGGACUACUUUCGGCUUUAUAGCACUGCCAUGGAGCUGCGUUGCACCGCAUCUGUGGCCCUUAUUUCACUGGUGUAUUGAAGGUUGAUUGACUUA